AUCCAGGCUAUUUUUUCUUUUCACGCGCUACAAGUUCAAACAGCAUUGCGUGGUCAAAAAUAGACAACAGAACCAUUGUAACAAGUUUGAGAAAGAUUUUAUGUGAUUUCUUGUAACUUGGAAUUAAAAUCAUGGCAGGUCUUGGCCGGGGAGGGCGAGGAGCUUUGUUGCUUAAGGCGUUGGAAACUCCUAUGAAAACCCCUGGUCAUUCCCAGAAUGGACAGUCACCAACACCAUCAGGAGUUCUACCUUCCUCAAACACAGAUCAAGCAUCAAGUCAGUCAACUACAUCAGCUACAUCAACAGCCUCUUCUCGUCCUCCGAUGAUGAUGGGCAGAGGUUUACUAGCACAAAAAUUAGCAGAACAGCUUAAAUCCAAAUCUCCUUCACCUGGGGAGCAAAAGUCUCCAUCACCCACAGCUGAGAAGUUGGAGGAGAAAAAAAGAACAACCCCUCCUACAGUUUCACCACCACCCUCUACUUCUCCAAGUUUACCUACUGAUGCGAAACGAGAGGCAUCACCACCUGUAAAAGAAUUAGAACAAAUGACAGUGACAUCAAGGAAAAAUUUGGAGAAGGGGAGUGCUGGUACGCCAAAUCCCAUGUGUGUAAACUUUAUUGGCUUUAAAAGCAAGAAAGAAGCGGCAUUCCAAUACAGUGUGUCCUUUAACCCACCUAUAGAAAGCAAAAAUAUGCGUUUUGGAAUGUUGAAUGAGCAUCGAGAUAUCAUAGGAAAAACAAAAGCUUUUGAUGGUUCAACGUUGUUUCUCCCCAAUCGUCUACCAGAACCGCAAAUGAAAUUACAAAGCAAAAGAAUUACUGAUGGCGCCACAAUCGAAUUAACUUUAACCCUUGUCAAGGUGCUUGACCCAACACAGUGCAUCCAGUUAUACAACAUAAUUUUACGAAGAAUUAUGAAGCUGUUGGAAAUGAGUCAAGUUGGUCGUUACUACUACGAUCCUAAGCGUCCUUCACCCAUACCAGAACAUAGAUUGGAAUUGUGGCCCGGUUACAUCACAGCUAUACAAGCCUAUGAAGGUGGUGUUAUGCUACUUGCUGACGUUUCGCAUAGGUUAUUACGAACAGAUACUUGUUUAAACUUUAUGUAUGAUAUCCUCCGCAAACAUCCACAAAACUUCCAAGCAGAAGUAACGAAGCAGUUGGUUGGAACUGUUGUAUUAACACGGUAUAACAACAAGACGUAUAGGAUAGACGAUAUUGCAUGGGAUAAAAGUCCAGAAUCAAAAUUUACAUAUCACAAUGGCGAGGAAAUGACGUACAUUGAUUAUUAUAAAAAAUCGUAUGACAAAACUUUAUCAGACACCGGCCAACCAUUAUUAAUACAUCGACCUAAAGAAAAAAAAGGUGUUCAACAGAAAGGUAAACCACUCGAGGUGAUUUGUUUGAUACCUGAACUUUGCUCAAUGACUGGUUUAACAGAUGCCAUCCGCUCAGAUUUUCGCGUUAUGAAGGACAUCUCACAACACACGAGAGUGACACCUAACCAAAGGAAGCAAGCCAUGACAAAAUUUAUACAAAAUAUUUACAGUAAACCAGAAGCAGUCGAAGAGUUACGUUCAUGGGGAUUGGAACUGGAUAAAGAUUUAAUGAAAAUGGAAGGACGUUUAUUACCACCCGAAAAAAUUAUACUUGGAAGUAAAACGAUUAUGUGUAACGAUCAAGCUGACUGGGGUAGAGAGGCCACACGUGAACAAGUCAUCAGUGCUGUUGAUAUCAAUAAUUGGAUGGUCGUCUGCACGAAACGUGAUCAGCAAAAAGCAAUGGAUUUUGUACAAACCAUGAAACAAUGCUGCCCACAAAUGGGAAUACAGUGUCGCGACCCAUCUACGUUUGCUAUUAGAGAUGAUCGUACGGAAUCUUACCUGCGUGCUAUCAGGGAAAACUUAAAUCCGCAAGUUCAAUGUGUUGUGUGUAUAUUUCCAACUUCAAGAGAUGAUCGAUAUGCUGCUGUGAAAAAGUUAUGUUGUGUCGAGUCGCCAGUUCCAUCACAGAUGAUAAACGCUAGAACAAUAUCGCAACAAAACAAACUUCGAAGCGUAACCCAAAAAGUCGCACUUCAAAUUAACUGCAAAUUAGGUGGAGAAUUGUGGGCGUUGCAGAUUCCAAUGAAAAACGUCAUGAUUGUUGGUAUCGAUGUUUACCACGAUUCAUCUAAAUCUACACGAUCGAUCGGAGGUUUUGUGGCGAGUACAAAUAAAUCCUUCACUCGCUGGUACUCGCGAUGUUGUUUUCAAAUGCCAGGCCAGGAGUUGAUCGAUGGUUUAAAAGUGUGUUUUACCAGCGCACUGCGCAAAUAUCACGAGGAAAAUCAUUCGCUUCCAGAAAAGAUUAUUGUGUUUCGAGAUGGUGUAGGUGAUGGCCAACUCAGUGUAGUUGCUAACUACGAAGUGAAACAACUCCAAGAAUGUUUUCCAUUACUUGGUGAAUCAUACGAACCUAAACUCUCAGUUAUCGUUGUGCAGAAACGAAUCUCUCAAAGAAUCUUUGCUGUGCAGGGAAGCGGUAACCUUGAUAAUCCAAAACCUGGUUCAGUUCUCGAUCAUUCAAUAACUAGAUGUGAUUGGGAUGAUUUCUUUUUGGUGAGUCAGCAUGUUCGUCAAGGGACGGUGACGCCUACACAUUACGUUGUUGUGCAUGACACUACUGGAAUGAAAGCUGAUCAUUUCCAAAGGUUAUCGUAUAAACUUACGCAUUUGUAUUACAAUUGGCCUGGCACGAUCCGUGUACCUGCCCCAUGCCAGUACGCUCACAAACUUGCAUUCUUGGUUGGUCAGUCACUACACAAGGCUCCAGCACUGGAAUUAUCAGAUCGAUUGUUCUUUUUAUAGAAUUUUACAUUUUCUUUUGUCGAAGAUUUAUUUUUACGUCAGUCGCCACCUCUACAGCAUUUGAGACGUCAAUUAAUCACGGACGUGCGUCAUUGUAUGUUCAUCGGAGUUUUUUUAUUUAUAAAAUUUAUGUUCACGCCGCGUAGCGUUUAUGUAUAUAGAUUGGUUACAGACAGGUUAUUUUAUUUUCAACAAAUAUUAUGGGUUUUGGCA